AUGGAGUCCCAAUCGCCACGGGACAAAAACGUACCUAUCGACGACUCAGCUGCUCUGGAACAACUCGGCCACAAGCAGGAACUCAAGCGCAACUUUUCCAAAAUCUCCCUCCUCGGUCUCGCCUUUGCGAUCCUCAACACAUGGACUGCUCUGUCAGCGUCAAUUAGUCUUGCUCUUCCAUCUGGUGGCCCCAGCUCUGUUAUCUGGGGUCUUAUGGUUGCUGGAAUAUGUAACCUCUGCUUGGCUGCUCCUCUGGCAGAGAUGCUGUCUGCCUACCCAACUGCUGGUGGUCAGUAUCACUGGGCUGCCCUUAUAGCUUGGCCACGAUGGUCAAGGGGUAUCAGCUAUGUCACUGGUUGGAUCAACGCAGCUGGAUAUGUUGUCUUGACAGCGACUGGGCCGUUGCUUGGAAGUGCCUUUGUUAUCAACGUAAUCACUUUCAUGCACCCUACCUACGAAACGAAGCCCUGGCACCAAUUCCUCAUUUACCUCGUCUUUACCUUCAUCGCCUUGGUCAUCAACGCCUUUGGCACACGAUUACUCCCUCUCUUCAAUAAAGCCGCUUUUAUCUGGAGUAUCUCUGGUUUCGUCAUUAUCAGCAUCACUGUCCUUGCCUGUGCAGCACCCGAUUACCAAAGCGGCUCCUUCGUAUACGGGAAUUUCAUCAACCAGGUUGGAUGGCCUGAUGGAGUGGCUUGGAUGCUUGGCCUUCUUCAGGGUGCCUUUUCUCUGACCGGUUUCGACGCUGCGGCUCAUAUGAUUGAGGAAAUUCCAAAUGCCAGGGUUGAAGGUCCCAAAAUCAUGAUCUGGUGUAUCCUUAUUGGCAUGUUUUCUGGUUUCAUCUUCCUGUCAUGCCUCAUGUUCGUUCUCAAGGACGUCCAAGGCGUUAUUGGGUCUCCUGCAGGCUCCUUACUGCAAAUUUACUUUGACGCUACAGGGAGCAAAGCCGGAAGUGUCUGUCUCAUUGUCUUCUCUAUCGUCUGCAUCGUGUUUGCCGGUACUGCUAUCAUGACCACCAGUGCGCGCAUGACAUACUCAUUCAGUCGCGACCGCGGACUUCCUUUCAGCCAUGUCUGGGCCAAGGUUCAUCCUACGCUAGAUGUACCGAUUAAUGCCCUACUCUGGACGACAGCCUGGGUAAUCAUCUUUGGACUUAUUCUCCUUGGAAGCUCGAGCGCUUUCAACGCCAUCACUGCAGCUUCUGUCGUGGCUCUUGGUGUCACAUAUGCCAUCCCCCCUGCAAUUCAUCUCCUUCGCGGCGGCAAUAAACUACCCGAAAACCGGCCCUUCAAAUUGAGCACCCCUGUGCGCUGGAUUUGCAGUCUUGUUGGUGUUGCGUGGGCCAUCCUUACCACAGUUCUGUUUGUCUUUCCACCCGAGCUUCCCGUCACCCCCACCAACAUGAACUACUGUAUCGCUGCGUUUGGAAUUAUUCUGUUACUUUCUGUCGGUACUUGGAUCUUUGAUGGAAGGAAGAACUAUAAGGGCCCUCUUAUUGAGAUUAACAUGGACGACGCUACUUUGGAGGGUGCGUCCAUGGAAGAGACGACAUCCACGUCUAAUCCAGAGGAUGAUAUAAAGAGUCACAAGCCUUAG